GCCUUGCUCACAACUCCCAGGGGCACCAAUAACGGACAAGCCACUGUGGGGACACUCCCUGUCCCUGAACCCCCAGGCCCCUUACUGCAGUUUGACAGGGGAAGAGAGUCCGAUUGAAGGUUACAACUGGGGUACUGAGUCUGCAGAUAACUGGAAUAAUGAAGGCUGCUUUCUGGCAGUAGACCAUCCUAGAGUCCUCCCCACACACGCUCAGAGAUCCAAUCCGCCCCCCUCCCCCUGCAGGAGGAAGCUGUAGAUCUCAUUUCUGUUUCUCCCCACCUGUUGCUCUCCAUCGGACUUUGUGAUUUCAGAGGCUCUGUCCUUGAGGAAACACACAGAGCGAGCUGAGGGGCCUCAGAGAGCUGGUGUGGAAACUCAUUUAUUCAAACAAUGAGAGCACUUUAUUUUUAUCUGUCCAUUGCUCUGGUGUUGAGCCUUUGCGUGUCAGGCAGCACUGCCCGGAAUCAGGAGGAGCGGCUCCUCAAUCACCUGUUCAAGGAGCGCGCCUACAACAAGGAGCUGCGGCCCGUCCAGUCCCAGGACGAUGUAGUGGACGUGUACCUGGCUCUGACCCUCUCCAACCUCAUCUCUCUGAAAGAAGUCGAUGAAACGCUAACCACAAACGUAUGGAUAGAGCAUGGCUGGUAUGACCACAGGCUGUCCUGGAAUGCGAGUGAGUUUGAUGACAUCUCCAUUCUGAGGCUGCCUCCCAGACAGGUGUGGCUCCCAGAGAUCGUCUUGGAGAACAAUAACGAUGCCCAGUUCCAGGUUGCCUAUUACUGUAAUGUGCUGGUGGACCCCUCUGGCUACAUGUACUGGCUCCCUCCUGCGAUCUUCCGGAGCUCCUGUGCUAUCAACGUCAACUUCUUUCCUUUCGACUGGCAGAACUGCUCCCUCAAAUUCAGCUCUCUGACAUACAAUGCCAAGGAGAUAAGAAUGCACUUGAAGGUGGAUACAGACCCAGACACUGAGGAGAACUUCCCAGUGGAGUGGAUUAUCAUUGAUCCUGCUGGCUUCACAGAGAAUGGCGAGUGGGAGAUUAUCCACAAACCAGCCAGGAAGAACGUUCACAAAGACGUCCCUCUGGACAGCAACAAGCACCAGGACAUCACCUUCUACCUCAUCAUCAAGCGCAAGCCUCUGUUCUACAUCAUUAACAUCAUCAUACCCAGCAUCCUCAUCUCCUUCAUGGCAUCGCUGGUGUACUACCUCCCAGCAGACAGUGGUGAGAAGAUGACUCUAUCGAUCUCAGUGCUCCUCGCUCAGUCUGUGUUCCUGCUUCUGGUCUCGCAGCGACUACCCGAGACCUCGAUGGCCAUCCCCCUCAUCGUCAAGUAUCUGAUGUUCAUCAUGGUGCUGGUCACAGUGGUGGUGCUGAACUGCGUCAUCGUGCUGAACCUUCACUUCCGCACGCCCAGCACACACGUCAUGUCAGACUGGACCAAAGAGUUAUUCCUGGAGCGCUUGCCCAGGCUGCUGCACAUGUCCCGCCCGGCAGACUCUAAUCCGCAGUGGGAUGGAGCCCUGCAGCGGCGCAGCAGCUCUGUGGGAUACAUCGCCAAAGCAGAGGAGUACUUCACUGUCAAGUCCCGCAGCGAACUCAUGUUUGAGAAGCAGUCUGAAAGGCACGGUCUGACCAGCCGUGCCACUCCUGCUGCAGCACACAGACCAAACGCCAAGAGUGAGUUGGACAUGACUGACCAGCUGUUUGCGGAGAUGAAGCCUGCGGUGGAAGGGGCGAACUAUAUCGUCAAGAACAUGAAGGAUAAGAACGAUUACAAUGAGGAGAAGGAUAACUGGAACCGCAUUGCAAGGACAGUGGACCGACUCUGUCUCGUCCUGCUGACGCCUGUCAUGAUCCUGGGGACCAUCGUCAUCUUCUUUAUGGGGAUGUACAACCACCCUCCGCCCCUGCCCUUUGAAGGGGACCCCUACGACUACCAGGAGAGCAGCAGACGAGUCAUCUAGGGGCGCGCCACUCAUCGUUACUCCGGGCUAAACGAACAGGAAAUGCUGUGACAACAGGACUGAAUUGUUAAUGUGAAAACUGUGCUGUGAAGCACACCGCUCUGCUGUGAAGCACACCGCUCUGCUGUGAAGCACACCGCUCUGCUGUGAAGCACACCGCUCUGCUGUGAAGCACACCGCUCUGCUGUGAAGCACACCGCUCUGCUGUGAAGCACACCGCUCUGCUGUGAAGCACACUGCUCUGCUGCAUGAAGCAGCUUUUUGUUUUUUUUUGUUUGUGUGUUUUUCAUACUUU